AUGUUGCUACUUGGACAGACGGGGGCAGCAAUAUGCUAUCUCUGCGACCAGUCUGUGCUUCUCUGAAGAAGAAAACUGAGCAAAAUGGCUGCACCCAUGAGUAACGUGGAGGAAAUUCGCAGUCGGGUAAUCUUGGGAGAAUUUGGUGUUAAGAAUGUUCAUACAACAGAUUUUCCUGGAAACUACCCGGGCUUUGAUGACACCUGGGACAUGAAACUAUUUCAGAAGAACUUCCGAGUGGAUGUAGUGCAUCUAGAUGAGAACAGUAUGGAGUUCGACAUGGUGGGGAUCGAUGCUGCUAUUGCCAACGCCUUCAGAAGAAUCUUACUUGCAGAGGUGCCCACAAUGGCUAUAGAGAAAGUGUUCAUCUAUAACAACACAUCUAUUGUCCAGGAUGAAGUUCUGGCCCACAGGUUAGGCCUCAUCCCCAUUAAAGCGGACCCUCGUCUGUUUGAGUUCAAGAAUACAGGUGAAGAAUCUUCAGAAGAAGAAGCUUCAGAAAUUGACACAAUUCAACUCCAGCUGAAGAUUAAAUGCAGCAGAAACCCCCGAGCCAGCAAAGACUCGUCUGACCCCCGGGAGCUCUAUCUCAACCACAUGGUGUAUUCCAAAGACAUAGAGUGGGUGCCCAUUGGAAACCAGGCAGAUGUGUUUGCAGACUCCUGUAUUCGACCCGUGCACGAUGACAUUCUGAUAGCUCAGCUCCGACCAGGACAGGAGCUGGACAUUGUCAUGCACUGUGUCAAAGGACUUGGUAAGGACCAUGCUAAGUUCUCUCCGGUGGCGACAGCCAGUUACCGCCUCCUCCCAGAGAUCACCCUGCUGGAGACUGUGGAGGGCGAGAAGGCACAGCGCCUAAAACGCUGCUUCUCACGAGGGGUUAUAGACCUGGAGGAUGCUCAUGGAAAAAAGGUUGCCAAGGUGGUGAACAGCCGGCUGGAUACGUGCAGCAGGGAAGUUCUCCGACACAGUGAUCUGAAGAACUGUGUAACGCUGGGAAGAGUUCGGGACCAUUUCAUCUUCACCGUGGAGUCGACUGGCAUCUUGCCUCCUGAUGUUUUAGUCACAGAGGCCAUCAAGGUCCUCAUGGCGAAGUGUCAGAGUUUUCUCAGUGAGAUGAACUCUGUCAACAUGGAGUAAACAGACUUGGUUCCCGCCGUGCUCCUCAACAAACUAUUGUGCUUGGAUCCGUCUGACAGCAUCAACUUCUGUUCUGAGAAUUGACCUCCAGGCUGAUGUGGUUCUGGUUGCUGCAGUUGUUUGUUGGCAUACACUCCCUCUAGUAUUUUGUACACCUGGGUUUUUUUCCUUUAACCUGCUAAAUCUAUGAGAUCAUCGUACUGGUGUAUGAUUUCUUUGCUCAUGAAUCAGUGUGAGAAAGAGACUGAAUUACAGAACUCAUUUCCUGUUGCUGUUCCACAUGUAGAAGCUGAACUUGCCUCUAACGUUAUAAAGUUGGAGAUCAAAUAUUUCUGCAGAAUUAAUAAAAGAAAUGCAGUAAAUUCUCCCCAA